AUGAGUGGAAUAUCAAUAAGUUUAAAAUCAAAUAAUAAGGUAAAGAAAAAACAAAGCGCCAAGAAGAAGAAAGGCAGUUUAUUUGGUACCGAUGAGAAUGACGGAAAGGUGAAAGAUCAUAAGAUCACAGAACUUGAAGAUUCUGAAUCACAAAAUGAUAAGGUGAGGGCGAUUACACCCCCUGAGCCUCUUCGAAGUGCACUAUUCCCGACUAAAAAACCCAGCAAUCAUCAAACGGAGAAUGAUCCUAGUACACAGAUAUAUCUUAAUUCACUCCCAAGACAUAAAAUGCCGGAGAAAACUGAAGAAGAAGAAUAUGAAGAAGUUCCGGUAGAAGGUUUCGGAGCCGCCCUACUCCGAGGUAUGGGAUGGGAUCCAUCAGAAGAAAACAAUGACGAUCUAAAAAAGCCGAACCUACCGCAUGAAAAGCCACGACCUGAACUUGUGGGAAUCGGUGCUAAGGUAACUACUUCUAAUAAUUCCCUAAAGGAUAAUAACUUUAUGCCCAUUAUAAAGGUAAAAAAGAACCCAUGA